AGACAGGAAAAGGUCAUGUCCUUCUGUUAAUAUAUUACUAAUUUUUAGUUCUGCAGGUGGAACCCAGAGUUCCUUCCACUAUUGAUAUUAUGAUUAGAUUACAAACCUUGUUCUUAUUCAUUAUCUGUCUAAAACACUUCAAAAAUAUCCCAAAAUUCAAGCCAUUCAUAGUAAAAAACAUGAUAAAAAGGAGCCUGGAUGGGUAACAUUUUCUUCUCUUAAUCCUCCCAUCCAGAGCUCUUCAUCCAGGUCCUUCAUGAACUUCCUCCCACCACCUGAGAAUUGCCCUCCCUGUCUGCUUUCAUUUCCUCAACCUGGCAUCAUCCUACUCUCCCCACAAAUAUAGCAGGUUAAUGACAAAGCCACAGGCACCUGGCAGAGCAACUCAGUCAUCAUUUUUUUCCUAUGAUGUGGAUAGACAGGGAACGCCGAUCGGAAGAUCUCGCGUUGUACGUGAAGAUAGGGCCCCUCUUUCCACAAUGUUCUAUUACCCAUAAUAUCACGGUGAUUACGUCAUCAUAACUCGGUGAUAUAAAAGCUUGCACACCGGAAAUAAACGCUUUUCACCGUCCACCACAUUGGUGUUAGCGCGUGAUUUGCCCGACAGGCCUGUAAGUUUAGCCGUUGAGUCACCCACGAACCAGGUCGCUACGCCUCGCCCCGAGGCGACAAGUGGUGCCGAAACCCGGGACCGCUCCCCGACACACGCGGGUUCGAGCGGCCGGAGUUUGGGAAUCUCGCCGGACGCUGGGGACGGCUGGAGCGGCAGGACCGGCUCCAGCGGGAGGACGCUCCCGUACCGCCGACAUGCAGUCGAUCGGCAAGGUAGAUUCGCAGCUGCAUAAGCAGAGUGGUAUAGACUGCAAAAAAUCAAGUAGUCGUGAACGCGUGAUUGUCAGAUUGUUAGAAUUAAGCGUUAUCGAUGAUCCCGUAGAUAUUAUUCUCCCAGAUUGCUGGGAUAGGUGUACCGAGGCGCUCAUGAAUGGCGUGAUGUGCUUCAGGUCCAGCAAGUACCAAAAAAGCUGGGCGAGAAUUACGCAAGCGCUGCGGAAAGCACUCCAGGAACGGAAAACUCGGAAGGCAGCUCAAAGCUGUUUAAAAGUUACACUGCGGGUGGGGGUAGGAGCUGCCACUCAGACCAAGUGUAUUAAUUGCCCCACCGAUUCUAACGAGCCACCUAACGAUGACGGGCGACCCGAGUCGUCAUCCCGCCUGCCUGGCUCUAACGCGGGUUUGGUCGCGGAACACACUUUACCACCGGGGCGUACCGAUACCGUGGAUUCACGGGGCGUGCCCGACAUCGGGAGAUGUCGAGGAAAGGCCUCCGCCAUACGCGCCGGGAAAUGGCGCCGGGGACACGAGCAAGGGGCGGAGCGAAGGGUGCCUAACGCGCGCGGGCAUACGCUAUAGGAAGCCUAACGGCAAGAUGGAGGCGGCGGGCAGAGCGGGGCAGGAGAUGAGCCUGGCGGCCCUACAGCGGCACGACCCCUUCAUCACCGGCAUCGCCGACGUGACCGGCCAGGUCGCGCUCUACAGCUUCAGCCCUAAGGACAAUGAGUGGGAGAAAACCGACAUAGAAGGGACCUUAUUUGUGUAUAAAAGAAAUGCCAGCUUGUCAAUUUACAGUAUUUGGUUUUAUGACAAGAAUGACUGUCAUCGAAUAGCAAAAAUCAUGGCUAAAGUAGUUGAACAAGCUCAGAGGUCACAGCAAGUUUCCCAGGACAGAAAAAGUCCCAGCAGGACCAAUGGCUGCAAUGAAAACAGGCCCACUGACAUCCUAGAAAUGCUUAGUAAAGCCAAGGAUGAAUACGAACGAAAUCAGAUUAGGGAUCUAAGUAUUAUAUCAAGUUCUGGAAUGCAACAGAAUUCAAAUCCUCCAAAGCCAGAAAGCACAGAGCCUUCAGAACAGAGGCCUUCAUUACAAGUGCAGGAGCAGCCGUUUCAGUCAAGGCAGAAGCAUUUGACUUUGGAGGAACUGUUUGGAACUUCUGUCCAAAAGGAACAGCCUGCAGCUCCGUAUUCCAAUCCAGAGAGAAAGGAGAAACUGCAGACAGAUGCAUCUGCCAGAGAGCAGCACAGUCUGCUUUUGCCUUUUUCCUUUGACCAGUCACCAGUAAUGCAACAAUCCCUGGGGAAAUCUGAAAGUCCGAGCGUUAAACCCAGUGUCAAUCAGCAGGACUGUUUAACACCUAUGAUAAUACCUCCAGCUUCGGUUUCCCAGCCUGAUAUGAAAAACGUUUCAAGCUAUUCAGUUUGUUUAAACCCUGUUCUUAAUUCAGCCUCAACAGUGGAAGCUGAACCUGCUCAGAUGCUUCCUGGCCUCAAACAAAGCAACAGUCAAUACAGGAGUAUGCAGGAAGCUACCAAGCCCAUAUCCCCACUGGUCAAUCAGCUGCCAUCUGAAGUGAACUACGCUCCACAGAAUCUAAUGGCUGGCCAAAGCCAGCUCAUAGCACCCUUGACUACAGCAAACACAGGGACUAUCUCAAAUGCAUCUCAUACAAGUGUUGAUCUUCUCCAGAAACUCAGGUUGACCCCACAGCAUGACCAAACACAACAACAGUCUCUCCCUAAGACUCCCUUAACACCAAGCAUCUCUGCCUCAGUUAGCCAACUUGCAACACCAGAGUCUCACAGUAAGCCAUCAGCCUUGAACAGCAAGAUAAUCUCUCCCCUUCCGGUUGCACCUCCACAGUUUGUUACAGCCACAACGACAGUAAUGCCUUCAGUGCUCUUGUCUCCAAAUGUGUUCCAGCAAUCAGCUGCAAAAGCUACUGAAGUGGAGAAAGUUUUCACUGUGAUCAUCACCAGCAAACCUUUUUAUUGGGGAGGGGACCUAGGUUGCAUUUGAGCUCUCACAGGCAUUAAUUGAAUGUGCAGAUGUUUGCUCUGGUUCUCAUUCCUGGCUGUAUUCAUUGUUCAAGGAUUACAGAGUCCAAACUAUUUCAGCCAGCAAACGCACAGUGUAGUACACUACAGCACACCAGAACCAAAUUCAGCUGUGGGAACUUAGUUCCAGUUUGAAGGACUAAGGAAAAUGAGAGCAAAAUGCCUUGUGAUUAAGCUGGCAGGUGUGGGGAACAAGAGAGUCUAGAAUCCAGGCCAUUGGAGCUAAAUCUUUAACAAAAGGUCCAGAAAUGUGAUUGGUUCAUUACAUUGGCAAUCUCUAGCUAAUGCAUGUAAAUUCAUCCUUUCAAUUUUUCAUUAAUCUUAUUUGUUUCUGUGUUACUGACAUAGCUAAUGUUGACGUAGUCAAGGUGCAUGGCCACCAAAGAAGUUCACGCUCACUGUCACCUGACUCAAGUAACCGGAUGUGCACCCUUGCUGACCGUGCACCUGGACACAGUUAAUAUUAUGUUGGUUAAAUGCCAACAACUGCGUUAAGUUCCGGUUGAAAACUCAUUUGUUUAACUUUUAACCACAUUUUAGUGUUUUUACAAUUACUAACACCGCAUUUAUUUUGAAGAGAAAACAUGCCGGCUUAAAAGCCGAAAUAGCUCAGUUGGGAGAGUGUUGAAGAUCUAAAGGCCCCUGGUUCGAUCCCAAGUUUCAACAGAGCUACAACAGAGACUCGAACAGCAUAGCCAGCAGCGUUCUUCACAGAACUGGUUUAAUUCAAUGUUUAGCCAAUCCCCAUGGAUUAUUACCCUCGUUUCUACGUUAGCAGGACCAGUUAUCGUUGUUGUGUUCGUACUUAUUUUCUGUCCUUGCCUUCUUAAUAAGUUAGCCCAGUUCAUAAAAACCCGAUUAGAUAAAAUGCAUGACAGUUCGUACUAACACACCGCGGUUUCGUCUGAUGUUUGUUACUAACAAGUUCAUGGUUUGUUGUUAAUUACAUAAGUAAUUCUGUUAUCAAGUUCUGUUCAUGGAGGUGGGGGAGAUGAUGUGGAUAGACAGGGAACGCCGAUCGGAAGAUCUCGCGUUGUACGUGAAGAUAGGGCCCCUCUUUCCACAAUGUUCUAUUA